AUGGGCAAGUGGUCAUUUUUUGGAUGCUUUGGUUUAAAACCAGAAGACGUUGAAGUUCCUGCUUUUAAUUAUGUUGGUGUUGCUAUUGCUUGUCUUAGGGGUGCCGUAUUUCUUGCUAUUCGUGUGGGUAAAUCAAAAGAAAAAAAUGUCGAUUAUCGAUCCCUUCAUCAUUCGACCACUUCAUCCAUUGUCAAUAAGCCAAUCGAAAUAGUACCACAACAAAACGAUAAUGAAGAAGUAUCAUCAACUAUAAGCAUAAAAAAGCGUUUUAUUGGUUGUAGUCUAGCAAUUGUGACUGGUAUCUUCUUCGAUCUCGUUUCUACAUCUAGCACUCAUAUCCAAGAUCAUCGAGACAAAUAUCCAGAAGCAGCAAAAAAAUGGCUUUCAUUAUUUAUUUGCUAUGUAUAG